GCGGCCAGCACAGUCCGCCCUCUUCCGCUGCGGCCGUGGGAAUGGAAACAUCUGACCCACAGGCCAGCGGCGCCCAGCCUUCAAGGGUGGCAUCGCAAGAGCCCCUCGCUGAAGCAUCCGCGUCCAGUCAGGGACAUUUUGACAUAGUGGACCUUGCAGAGUUGGCUGAAAAGCAGCGAUGGUGGCACAAGCUUUUCGACAAUGAAUCUGAGCUCUCGACUGAGAAGGGCAGCAUGGCAACCCAGCUGUUAAUUGGAGGUGUCACUGGAUGGUGCACCGGCUUCAUAUUCCAGAAAGUUGGAAGGUUGGCUGCCACGGCAGUGGGAGGAGGGUUUUUUCUCCUUCAGCUUGCAAACCAUGCUGAGUACAUCAAAAUUGACUGGCAACAAGUAGAGAGGGACAUGAAGAAAGCCAAGGAACAUCUGAAGUCCCAAAGGAGCACCCACAUACCUAUGGAGGUGAAAAGCAAAGCUGAGGAGAUCGCGUUGUUUGUGAAGUCGAACAUUCUGAUGGCGGGUGGAUUUCUUGGAGGCUUCCUGCUUGGCAUGUCAUCCUAAGGAGGUCAACUCCGUUUCCGUUAUUCCUGGGCUUUCCACCUACUAGCCUCUUCAUCUUAGGACAUCAAGUCUCCUCUUCCUCCUCUUCUGUGCCUCCCCCCCUGCUGUGGCGGAUCUGAAUGGCUUCUAUAAGGCAUUUGUUGGUACAAACUGGAUACGGCCGUACCGUGAGCCUCCAGCAACGCCGGAAGAGAGAGUAGGCAUUAGCUCUCCUCCCAGAAUACUCCCACCUGACUAGUCUGUAGGAAAAGAAUGUUCCUUUUCCCCUUUAUAAGAUAUUUCCUAAAACAUAGUGCAAGAUGGCUCACAUCGGAGGAUGGGUGGAUCCUCAGAGGUUGUCUCAAAAUUGAUUUGGAAAAGGAAUAACAAGCACAUAGGUACUUGACUAUGUACUGCAUGAAAAGGAACUGAAUACAUUCACCUUUAAGCAUGAAAGG